UUCCCGGGAAGACUUGUUUUAAAAGGAGGACGGACUCACUCUCUUCCCUCUUACUCUCUCUCUUCCUGAGGCUUCUCUCUUUUCAGUAAUGGCGGAGGGACCACCCCCUGAGGAUUUCUCCAAGCUCUCAAUUGAAGCCAAACUUGCCCAUAAAGUAUGGAAGGCAAGGUUAAUGGGUUAUGAGGAGGCGACUAAGUUGUUUAAAAAAAUAGAUGAUGAGUCCAGUCCAGAGUACAAUCCUUACACUCCUUUGGUUCGUAAGUUUCCUGUUGAAGCAAAUGCUGUAGCUCAAGAGAAGGCACUUGAAGCAACGCUGGCCUUUGUAGAGUUUGCCUCUGCGGCUGGAAAAAUUUGUUCUGAAGUUGUUGCUGGUAUUGUAACUAAGUGUCUUAAUGCUCGUCCUAAGACAAAGGAACUGGGCGUGUCCAUAUGUCUGAUGUACGUUGAGACUGAGAAACAAGACCUAGUCAUUGAAGAAAUAUUAAAAGGACUGUCUAAUAAGCAGCCAAAGAUUGUUGCUGCUUGUAUUGGAGUAGUAGCAAGAAUACUAAAAGAGUUUGGUAUAGGAGUGUUGAAUAUCAAGUUAUUACUGAAGUCAGUUCCAAGCAUGUUUGAUCAUAGUGACAAGAAUGUACGAGCUGAGGCAAAGGCUCUAGCCAUCGAGUUGUAUCGGUGGGUGGGCGUGGCUUUAAAAGCAUCCAUUGAUGGGAAGCUGAAGCCUAUACAGAUGAAAGAGUUAGAAGAAGAGUUUGGUAAGUUGACUGAUUCAGGUCCACCAGCUCCUACAAGACUACUCCGUUCCCAGCAAGCAGUUGCCGCUCAAGCCCCACCCACUGCUGACACUGAUCCUGAUGAAUCUUUAGGCGGAGCUGUUGCCGUGGUAACUGCACCAGCGAUUGAUCCAUACGAUCUUUUAGAGGCAGUCAAUGUCUUGGGAAAAAUGCCGAAAGACUUUUAUGAGAAAAUUGCGGACACUAAAUGGAAGGAGCGUAAAGAAGCACUUGAAGCUGUAUUACCUCUAGCUCAAUCACCAAAAAUAGAAGAGGGAGAUUAUGGGGAAUUGAUAAAAACACUGAAGAAGGUUAUAGCAAAGGACAGUAAUGUAUUGGUAGUGGCAUUAGCUGGUAAUAUACUGACUGGUCUCGCUAAAGGAUUGAGGAAGAAGUAUGGUCCUUAUGCUAGUGUCUCUCUCACUACACUCACUAACAUUCAAGAUGAUGUUCUAGAGGCUCUUGGUAAUAAGAAUCCAUCAGUAAAGUCUGAAGUUCUUUUGUUUCUCUCUCGCUGUUACUCUCAAUGUGUUCCUGCAAUGAUACCUAAACCUUAUCUCAAAGCAAUGUGCCCUGUAGUAGUACAGCGUUUGGAUGAUACUACACCACAAGUCCGUGAUUCUGCCUGUGAGGUAUUGGGUACACUAUUGAAGCUCCUGGGGGAGAGAGCCAUGAACAACUACCUGGAGGGAGUCGACAAGACUAGAAUGACUAAAAUUAACGAAUGUAUGGAGAAGGUUGAAUUAAAGGCCCCUCCCCCUGGAAUGGCUCCUCCUCCUCAAGCUGCCCCUGCCAAGCAACCAGCAAAAGAGGUUAAGAAAGAAGCUCCAUCCACUGACGAGGCUGAACCUCCAAAGAAGAAACCAGCUCAAAAGAAAAAGAAAAAAGUCGAGGAAGAGCCUGAAAAGAAAGAAGCUCCACCCAAAAAGAAACCAGCAGCUGAGAAGAAGCCCCCUCCUUCAUCAGGGGGUGGGGCUUCAGCAGGGGGCGGGGCUUCAAAGAGUAAGGGUAAAGGAGGAGGAGGAGCAGUCGGUAAAUUUGAUGAACCACCAGAUGUAUCAGAACCUAAUAUUGCCGACGAGGAGAUAGAAGAUAAAGCUAAUGAUGUCUUGCCUGAUGGGUUGCUGGCCAGAUUAGCUGAGACAGCAUGGAAGGAAAGACUAGCUGGACAUGAGAGCUUUAAAGAGUUUGUAGAAGGACAAGCACCUGAAGCUAUGCAGUCAAUACUGUUCAUUAAAAUAUUAGCAAGGAAACCAGGAUGGAAGGACAGCAACUUCCAAGUCAUGAAAGCCAAGUUUCAGCUAAUCACUGUCCUGGCAGAAAAAGCUAAAGUAUUUGGAAAGAGGUCGACGAGUCUCGUGAUACCUCCUCUUGUUGACAAGUUUUCGGACUUGAAGCUAAAAGGACAGUGUUCAGAGACUCUCCUCAUGAUAGCUGAGAGGAUGACCCUGAACUACACCAGCCUCCAAGUGAUGAAGGCUGCCUUUGAACACAAGAGCCCUAAAGUACAGUCAGAAUCACUGGAGUGGCUCAGUCAAGGGCUAAAGGAAUUCGGAUUUUUGUUGAAUGUAAAGCCUCAUGUUGAUUACAUUAAGAAAGGACUGGCGGCGUCUAAUCCAGCAGUGAGGACAGCUGCUAUCAACCUCUUGGGUACAAUGUGUAUGUACAUGGGAGCACAGCUGAGGAUGUUCUUUGAAGGAGAGAAAGCAGCACUGCUGCAGCAGAUUGACGCUGUUUUUGAAAAAUCUUCAGGUGAGUCCCCACCAGCUCCAGUGAGAGGUCCUAACGUUAAAUCAGGAGAAGAAGAGGAGGAGGGAGAGGGUGGAGGAGGGGGCGGGGCAGGAGGGGGUGGAGCCUCGUUAUCGCUUGCCGACCUGAUGCCUAAAGUAGACAUCAGUGCCAAAAUAACGACAGAACUCAUGAAAGAGCUAGCAGAUAAAAACUGGAAAAUAAGAGGAGAGGCCCUUCAAAAGAUACAGGAAAUAAUAGCGGCCGCUAAAUUCAUCUCUCCCUCCCUAGGGGACCUCCCCUCCGGCCUCAAAGGACGUCUCUCGGACUCUAACAAAAACUUGGUAAUGACAACCCUCUCUAUUAUUGGAACACUGGCCACUUCGAUUGGCCCGUCUUGCAGUAAAUUUAAUAAGAUAUUUAUUCCAGCCGUUAUCCAGACCCUGACUGAUAGCAAGCCCCAGGUUCGGGCUGCUGGUACUGCAUGUCUCAGUACGUGGGUGGGUGAGAUUGGGUUGGCUUCUCUUGUGGAACAGGAUCUUCUGGCACCGUCACUGGCAACUGAAAACCCUAACCUCAGAACUGAAUUAUUAGGAUGGCUAGAGGAGAGACUACCCAAUGAGAACAAGUUGCCCUCAGAAAUAGCUAAUGUGGUACAGCCAGUCUAUAGCUGUCUUGAAGAUAGGAGUGCUGAUGUGAGGAAGAAGGCACAGGCUGUUCUUCCUUUGCUAAUGGUACCAGUUGGGUAUGAUACAAUGCUUAAGCAUACUGGGAAGCUAAAAGAUGAUGACACUCCACCACUGAUACUAGUCCCUAAAGCAAAGGAACAAAGAAUGAAAGAUGAUGAGAAGAUGAAGGUAUUAAAGUGGAAUUUCCAAAUGCCUCGUCCUGAGCACAUUGACCAGUUGAAGGAUCAGAUGUUAACUUGUGUGUCUCUACCAAUACACAAGAAGCUCUUCCAUGAAGAUUUCAAACAGCAGCUCCAGGCAGUGUCUAGUCUCACAGCUGCUGUCACAUCUGACGUUGAUACGGCCAUUAGCUGCUCUGAUUUAUUGCUAAGAUGGAUCACCCUGCGGUUCUUUGACACCAAUACGACAGUCAACGUAAAGUGUCUUGAGUUUGUUCAACAUCUUUUUGUGUCCAUGUCCAGCGUCUCUUAUAAACUGAGUGACUAUGAGGCAGCUGGUUUCCUACCUUACCUCAUUAAUAAAGUUGGGGAUCCAAAGGAUGCUGUGAGAAAAGCAGUGCGGGCAUUAUUUAGAACCAUAUGGAGCAUCUACCCACCUGGUAAAAUGUUUAAUUUUGUAACUGAUGGACUUAAAUCAAAGAAUGCAAGACAGAGAAUUGAGUGUCUUGAAGUGAUAGGUGAAAUGAUAAAGAACAAUGGCAUGACUGUGUGCCAGCCGUCACCAGCUAAGAGUCUCCCUGUUGUUGCUGGACAGAUCUGUGAUAGAGACAACGGAGUUAGAUCAGCUGCCAUUAAUACAAUGGUUGUAGUCUAUAGCUACGUUGGAGAAGGAGUCUAUAAGUUUGCUAGUCAAUUGUCAGAGAAGGAGAUUAGCUUAUUAGAGGAGAGGAUCAAGAGGUCUGGUAAGACAGUGCAGCCUUUCAAACCGGCAAAGUCUCCUUCACCCUCUCCUGUCUCUACCCCUGAGCCCCACCCACAAGCAAUCACUGAGCAACCAGUUAAAUCGAAGUCCCCAUCCCCAGUGCCUCCUGAACCUGCUCCGGUUGCUAAAGUGACUGUUAGCCCUCGCUCGGGUAUUCCAAAGUUCUCUGGUCCUUUCUCUGUUGACGUUGGCAAAUAUAAAGCACCUGCCAGUAAGCUAGCGAGACCAAAAGUGCCACGCCCUGAUUUGAGUGUCUUUGGAAAGGAAGAGAAAAUGGCUGAAUAUGCAACUUCAAAGUUGAUACGUCACCCUCCCAAGGCCCUAUCAAUAUCACCUGCCAGGCAGACUCUAGCCUCAACCUCGAGUGUAGUCUCUUACAUUAUUGCUCAGAUCACUGGACCUGAUGUUGACACUGUGUCAGACGCCGUGCUAAGAAUUGAGAAGAUAACCAGCGAUCAACCGUCGCUCCUCUUGACGCAUGUUGAUCAACUCAUCAGAGCCAUUUUAAUGCAAAAGAGAUUCAAUUUCACAACACGAAUGAGUGGAGCUGCUAAUGGAGGUGACUACAGUAAGAUACUAGAGAUCAGUAGGUUACUGACUAGUGUCCUGGUACAGACAUUCAGUGACAAGACGUUAGCACAAUCAGUCCACCAGGACACAUUGGUUGAAUUGGAGAGGGACAUCUUUGGAUACCUGAUAGACGAGAAGCUCCUGUGUAUUGAGAAUAUAGAGCAACUCAAUCGAGCAUACAACCUACUAAUGGGACACAUUGUGGAGCAUACGAACAGGAAUGCCAUAUUUGGUUCUUUAUUGCAAGUUAUGUUAGAAAGUCUUACUCCUGAAGGAAGUGGGACAAAACUGUCUGAAAUGUCUAUGAAAUGUUUAUGGCGUUUGACAAGACAGUUGAAUGCCAUGAUGUCUGAUGUUGAUAUAGAUGUAUUGCUGAGAGAUAUUGACGUCUUUUUAAACGGAUACUCUUCACUGAACCCCUCCCCUUCUGCUGAUGAUAAACCUUAUCGUACUGUAAAAACCAUCCUUUAUCACUUAGCUAAGAAUCUCAAGUCAGAGGUGUUAAAUCAUCUCUCGUUAAUUAAAGACCGGACCUCCUCUCCUGUCGUUAUUUAUUUAAAUAAAACUGUACGUAAAAGCAACCACAAGUCUUCGCCCGAGCAGUUAAUUAAAAUAAAUAAUGAUGAACAAGCCAAAGAUCCACCCACUAUACCCCCUAAAGUAGAAACCAAGAUUGUGGAGAAUACUUUGACAAGGAAUGAGUUAUCUGCUGAGCUGGCAUCUUGUCUAACAUGUAUAUUUGAGACAAUAAAGGAUCCACACAGCACCAGAGAAGGUAUGGAAGAAUUAUAUGACUUUAUUCAGACUCAUCCUGAUAUUGAUUUUGAGUCAAUGUGGGCCUCUACCUCUCCUUUCUAUCAGUCCUACAUCAAGAGAGGACUAAGAAACGUUGAGCUCUGGAGGCAGACUGGAGACAAGACACAGCCCAUUGAAUCAGAAACUUGUGCUGGGAUUAGAAAAGAGCUGGAAGAAGUGAGAGAAAGGGCUAACCCACUCAUGGGGAUUAAUUGGGAGCCAUUAUCAGUUAACAGUGCUUCAAGACAGGUGCCUCUAUCAUUAGCAGCUGCAUUGGCUGAUGAAAAUAAAGAUCCUACUGCUACUAUAAUUGUAACUAAAAAAGCUACUCACGUCAUAACAGAUGGAACUGCUACAAUAACCAAACGUAAAGGGCCCCCAGGAGCUGGAGGAGGAGUACCGCCUGCAGCUGCUGGGUCUUCUAAACUUGAUGAUAUUAGAAAGAGACUGGAUAGAUUGAAGGCCGGUCAAUAUUGAAAUGUGCAUCACAGUGUUAU